GGGACCGGCUCUCCGGUUUAAUUCCACCGGGAGAGGAUCCCUUUCCAUACGAGGGAGGUGGCAUUAUGGUAUCUAACGCGUGUGCAUGCCUUAAUUGCCUAUAAAAGCCACCCAACUUCUGGAGCUUAAAACACGUACAGCUCCUCUAAUGGCUGUAGCUGAGUACGCAGUGAUAGUCCUUUUAGGACUUGUCUGCAGCUUCCUUUUUGUUCGCCAUUGGAAGCGCAGCAAAAACUCCCCCAUCACCAACUGGCCUGUCGUAGGAAUGGUUCCGGGGCUUCUUCGCAACGCGUCAAAUGUGUUCGAGUGCACCAACCGCGUUCUAAAACAUUAUGGGGGCACUGUCGAGGUUAAGGGCCCUUGGUUUGCUGGCAUGGACUUCAUCAUCACCAGCGAUCCCAUGAACGUCAACCACAUUCUGAGCAAAAACUUCGUCAACUACGAAAAAGGGUCAGAGAUACGGGAGAUUUUGGAGCCUUUGGGAGAUGGGCUCAUCAAUUCCGAUUCAGAUUGGUGGACGUAUCAGAGAAAAAUGAUGCAUUCUUUAAUAAAAAACAGCAAGUUCGAGCUGUUUUUGGAGAAAGUUAUUCGGCAAAAGGCGGCGAAUGGGUUGAUUCCGGUUCUAGAUCAUGUCUCCGAGGCAGAGAUAGAGGUGGAUUUACAAGAAGUUUUUAAGCGCUUCACGUUUGAUAAUAGUUGCUUAAUGGUUUUAGGCUUCGACCCAACUUCCCUUUCUGUUGACUUCCCAAAACGUACGUAUGCAAAGGCUUUCGAUGAAAUAGAAGAGGCAACUUUAUAUCGACACAUCCUGCCCAAGUGGUGUUGGAAGUUGCAGAGAUGGCUGCAACUCGGACAGGAGAAGAAGCUGAGGAAAGCUUGGAAAACCUUCGAUGGAUUCUUAUACCACUGCAUCUCGUCAAAGCGAGAAGAAUUAAGCCGAUCCAGCAGAACCCAGUUGGAGGAGGAAGGGGAGUUCGACUUGUUGACAGCUUAUAUCAUGCAAGCGGAGAAAGAAGACAUGGGAGGUGGUUUUGGUGAAUCCAACAAAUUUUUGAGGGAUACAGUAAUGAAUCUCAUGGCAGCGGGGAGUGAUACUAUGGGUACAGCUUUGGCUUGGUUCUUUUGGCUUGUCGCAACGCACCCAUCAGUGGAAAUGAAAAUUCUGGAGGAGAUGAAAGAGAGUAUUGGUGUGAAAGAUGACAAGAAGUGGGAUAAUUGCUUUGGCACACAACAACUAGACAAACAGGUUUAUCUCCAUGCAGCCUUAUGUGAAGCAUUACGGCUAUACCCGGUGGUGGCCUUUGAUCCCCGAACUGCAACCGGAGUAGAUACUCUUCCGAGCGGCCACCGUAUCGGUCAGAAUACAAAGAUUAUAAUUUUCAUUUAUGCAAUGGGAAGGAUGGAAGAAAUAUGGGGUGACGAUUGCUUGCAGUACAAACCAGAGAGAUGGAUCUCGGGGCAAGGAGGAAUCGUAUCCGUACCAUCUUACAAGUUCUCAGCGUUUGGCGGGGGGCCAAGGAGUUGUUUGGGUAAGGCCAUGGCCUUCAUUCAGAUGAAAAUUGUCGCAACCGCCAUUUUGUGGAAUUACCAUGUUCAAGUGGUUGAAGAUCAUCCCGUUUCGCCAAGUGUUUCUGUCGUACUUCACAUGAAACAUGGUCUCAAGGUUCGGAUCACCAAAAGAAUUACUGUUUGAUGAAGAUCAAGUGAUGUCGUUGGGUAAUGUUAGAGCAUUCACAAUAGAAUCUAAUCUAUGUAUGGAAUAUAUUUCAUAAAUACAUAUAACUUGAAUCGCGUAGGAUAUGAUAGACCUAUUUGUAAAAUACUGUU